AGACGUCGUCUUCUUUUUUUUUUUUUUUUUUUUUUCUCUGCGGGCUGUCGGAGAGAAACCCUAAUCUUGGUCGAAGCCUUGCUCGAAGCUCCUGGAGUCGAUCCCUUGCUCGAAGCUCCUGGAGUCGUUGCUCAAAGCUCUUCUUGGAACUCUGAUCAGUUGAGUUCGGGUGAUCGGCGUGUUCUUUGCACUGAUCUACUUUGACCACUUGCAAAUAGUUUAUCUUUGGCCGAGCUGAGGUAUCCCAACACACGAAUGUUUCCGGACCAAAAAUUCUUCGAAAUCCGGACCUAAACCGGAUGGGAUUUGUGAACCGGUCAGUUUUCUUCCUGCUUGGCCUCUCUCAAACAUUUCCAAAAGCCCAGCCCAUUAGAAAGCCCAGUCCAUUAAAUAUGACGUGGUCAGUCAAGUUUCCAUCUCUCACUGUCUCUCCAGAAACAUACUCACAUUUCUGCUGCUUCAUAUUCGAGCUCCAAUUUCUCUUCUCCAUUGUCGUCACUACCACGUGGAUUCGUCCUGUUACGGGCUUGCCGGUUGGUUCUUCUACUAGUUGCUGAUAAAGGGGGUGUCCAUGGACAGGUAUCCGUCGGAAGAAGUACGGAAGUGUGAGGAGUUUAUCGAUUGUAAGAUGAAACCUUCUCUGGUUCGUGCCACUGUCGAGCGGAACAAGCUCUUUGAACAGCAGAAGAUUUUCUCAGAUCUGCGAAAGAACAUAGAAAAUCUACAAAAGAACAGCAUAACUAAUCUAAGGACAAUGGUCAACAUUGGGUCUGAAGUGUACAUGCAGGCUGAGGUAUCUGACACCCAAAGGAUCUUCGUCGAUAUCGGCUAUGGGUUUCACGUGGAAUUCACAUGGGAUGAAGCUCUGAACUACAUACCACUAAGGGAAGAGUUAUUAGCAAGACAGAUAGAAGAGUGCACUUGUAGGAUUGUCCGGAUUAAGGCCGAUAUCAAGCGGAUUCAUGAAGGGAUACGACAGUUGCUUCAAAUUCCACAGGAGCCAUAUGUAGAAGAGCGAGUCUUUUAGCAGCGCAUUCGAAUGUCUCAUGUAAUUCUCUUCUUUUUGGCACUUAAAACAACGAACUUGAUAACUCAAGAGACUGGUACUGUUUGAUUAUACAGAUAUUGUAAAUAGAUGCAUCGGCGGGCUAAUUUUGUGUCUCGUCUGGGUUACAUGAAAAUGGAUUGUACAUUCUUCUAA